CCAAUCGCAACGCAGAAUACAACCACGCGAAGAACUAUCAAAGCAACAGCAGAGAUUUGAUUUCAUGGGGCGAAUUCGGAGCUGCCAAAGUUUACGAUGUAGUCAUAUUUGUAUUAAAACUUAAAAGAAAAUGGUCAGCAAGAAGUUGUAGGAUACAUAAACUCAUUUUGACUGAAUAAUUUCUGCGCGGUCCUCAAUUUCGCUGUCAUACAAGAGAAUGGGGGAAAAUGAGAACCAGUGUACGUAUCCUGCCAUUGGGGGUGAUAUUCGUUCCCGGCUGCAACAGUUUGUGGAGGAGAGGAUGCAGACCACCAUGCUGACGGGUGUAUUGAUCGGAGCGGUGGUGGCUGUUUUUUUGAUAGGAAUCUCUGUGCUUCUCCUCUAUCGCAGAUACAAACUGGCUAGUCAACAUGCCGGUGUCCCUCGCUAUCGCUUUAGGAAGAGAGAUAAAGUUCUCUUCUAUGGCAGGAAAAUUAUGAGAAAGGUCCAGACCUUGUCCUCUACACCAUCCUCUACUUCGAUUUCUAAACAACGCACGCGAAAGAGGCCUAAAGUUCUUACUAUAGCUCGCAGGAUUCUGCGGAUCAGGAAAGAGCCGCCCACUUUACAGCCCAAAGAGCCCCCUCCCUCCCUCCUGGAGGCGGAUCUUACUGAGUUUGACGUGCAGAACUCAAACCUGCCCUCCGAGGUGCUCUACAUGCUAAAGAAUGUCAGGGUACUUGGUCAUUUCGAGAAGCCCUUGUUCCUGGAGCUCUGUCGGCACAUGGUGUUUGUGGAGCUCCAGGAAGGGGAAGGGUUGUUCAAGCCGGGAGACGAUGAUGACAGCAUUUAUGUGGUUCAGGAUGGAAGGCUGGAGCUUUGCAUCCAUGAGACUGAUUGCACAGAGCCUGUGGUGAAGGACGUGUUGCCCGGGGACAGUGUUCACAGUCUGCUCAGCAUUCUGGAUAUCAUAACGGGUUAUCCCGCUGCAUAUAAGACCGUGGCUGCUCGUGCAGCGGUCAGAUCUACCAUAUUACGUCUACCUGCCUCAGCUUUCCAGUCUGUGUUCGAGAAAUACCCAGAGACACUCGUGAGAGUCAUACAGAUAAUCAUGGUUCGUCUUCAGCGAGUGACUUUCUUGGCCCUUCACAACUACCUGGGACUGACAACCGAGCUUUUCAAUCAGGACAGACAAGCAGUGCCUCUGUUUGCAGUCAACAGUGUGCUGGCGGAGGGAAGUCCCAGCAGAGUCCCACGCAAACCCCACUCUCACACAGCACCAGACGAGGAACAUCUGCAGAGCUCUGGAGACCAAUUUACUGAUUCAGAUGGAGGGCAAGCCGGUUCAUAUGAAAACACAGUUGUGCGGAGGUCUCGUUCUGUAUCAAUGCCUGUAGAUGGGACGGUGGUGCCAGGAAACGAUCUGAACAUGGCCUAUGAACGUGCCCGCGUUACCAUAGACGAUCCCCCAUCCAGUCCUGUUGUUUACAAGUCCAUUCUGAAGAAGAGCGUCACCAUGCAGCACGCUCCGUCCGCCGUGAUUCAUUACACAGACAGUGCGCCGCACUCCGGCGUGCCGCCCUGUAAAGUAGGAGCCAUAUUUCAGGCUGCCAAGAAAGACCUGCUGGGGAUUAUUCAGCUGCAGGACCCCAGUUUGCUGGAGGGCAGGGUGACACUGCAUCAGGUGAAGGCUGGAUCUGUGGUAGCUCGACAAGGCGAUCAGGAAGUGAGUGUGCAGUUUGUCAUCGUGGGCACGCUGCAUGUGUACCAGCGCAUGAUAGAUAGAGAGGAGGAGACGUGUCUGUUUGUGGCUCACCCGGGAGAGCUUGUUGGUCAGCUGGCCGUGCUGACGGGAGAGCCCUUGAUUUUUACUGUGCGAGCACAUCGGGACUGCAGCUUCCUGUCCAUCUCUAAAACGCAUUUCUACGAGAUCAUGAGAGCAGAACCCACAGUAGUGCUGAAUGUGGCUCAUUCAGUCGUCAGAAGGAUGUCACCAUUCGUCAGACAGAUUGACUUUGCCCUUGACUGGAUGGCUGUGGAGGCGGGCAGAGCUGUUUACAGGCAGGGUGAUAAGUCGGACAGUACUUUUAUAGUGCUCAGUGGCCGUCUGCGUUCCGUCAUCAUGAAGGAGGAUGGGAAAAAAGAGCUGACUGGAGAAUAUGGCAGAGGAGAUCUCAUUGGAGUGGUGGAGGCUCUGACCCAUCAGAACAGAGCGACUACUGUUCAUGCGGUUCGGGACUCGGAACUGGCAAAACUACCUGAGGGAGCUCUCAGCUCCAUCAAAAGAAAAUUCCCACAGGUAGUCACAAGACUUAUUCACCUGCUCGGAGAGAAGAUCCUCCAGCAGGUUAACGGUCCUUUAACAGCACGCAGCCUCGCUCUGCACACCCCUGGCAGUAAAUGGGAUGCAGGGAACCCAGCAUCAAAUCUGUCCACCAUCACUGUCCUCCCCGUGUCAGAAGAAGUUCCUCUGACCGCGUUCACCCUGGAGCUCCAGCAUGCACUCCUAGCUAUCGGACCCACUCUUCUCUUGACUAGUGACAUCAUCAAACAGCGCCUCGGCUCUGCAGCAUUAGACAGUGUGCAUGAGUACAGAUUGUCGAGUUGGCUGGGUCAGCAGGAAGACAUCCACCGCAUCGUCCUGUAUCAGACAGAUGUGUCGCUCACCCCCUGGACUCAGCGUUGUAUCAGACAGGCUGAUUGCAUCAUCAUCGUGGGACUGGGAGAACAAGACCCAGCUGUGGGAGAGCUGGAGCGUAUGUUGGAGGGGAGCGCGGUGAGGGCACAGAAACAGCUGGUGCUGUUGCACCGCGAGGACGGCCCUCCUCCCAAAGGAACAGCUGAAUGGCUGAACAUGCGGAGCUGGAUCUCCAGACACCUUCACCUGUCCUGCCCCCGCAGGGUUUUCUCCAAGAGGAGCCUGCCCAAACUGAUAGAGAUGUAUCAGCGUGUGUUCCAAAAAAACGCAGACCGUCACUCCGAUUUCUCUCGCCUGGCCCGCUUUCUGACGGGCAACACCAUCGCCCUGGUGCUGGGGGGUGGAGGAGCCAGGGGUUGUUGCCAAGUUGGCAUCAUCCGAGCGUUGACUGAAGCUGGAAUCCCGAUUGAUCAGGUGGGUGGUACCUCUAUCGGCUCUAUGAUGGGCGCUCUGUACGCAGAGGACCGCAGUUACAGCAGGAUGAAAAUCAGGGCUAGAGAGUGGGCCAUGGAAAUGACAUCAGUGUUUAAGAAAGUGCUGGACCUGACCUAUCCCGUCACUUCUAUGUUCUCUGGAGCUUCAUUCAACUCCAGCAUUCAUGCUGUCUUCAAGGACAAACAGAUAGAGGAUCUCUGGAUCCCAUAUUUCAACAUUACCACGGACAUCACCGCCUCCACAAUGAGAGUGCACACUGAUGGCUCUCUGUGGAGGUAUGUGCGAUCCAGCAUGUCUCUUUCUGGGUACCUGCCACCGCUGUGUGAUCCAAAAGACGGACACCUGCUCAUGGAUGGAGGCUACAUUAAUAACCUGCCAGCGGAUGUGGCACGUUCAAUGGGUGCCAAGGUUGUGAUUGCUAUAGACGUGGGUAGCCAAGAUGAAACCAACCUCACCAACUACGGGGACGCCCUCUCGGGUUGGUGGCUGCUAUGGAAACGACUCAACCCACUGGCUGAGAAAGUCAAGGUGUUAAACAUGACUGAGAUCCAGGCACGGUUGGCUUACGUAUGCUCCGUGAGACAGCUUGAAUCUGUUAAGAAUAGCGACUACUGUGAAUAUAUCAGACCUCCCAUCGACAGAUACCGCACGCUCGAGUUCGGCAAGUUUGAUGAGAUCAGCGAAGUGGGGUACCAGCACGGGAAGACAGUGUUUGACGUGUGGUGCAGAAGCGGAGUGGUAGAAAAGAUGCUGAAGGAUAGACAUCAGGAGGAAUUCCACAAAACACAGAACAACGUGGUGACCUGUCCAAAUGCGUCCUUCACCGAUCUGGCUGAGAUUGUCUCGCGAAUCGAACCAGUCAAACCAGCUGUCGUAGAUGAUGAAUCAGAUUAUCACACAGACUACGAAGAGGAGAUAGCAGAAAGUGCUCUGUCAGAUAUGGAGCUCUACACGCAUCACAGUGAGCACACCGAAGAGGAGCUGACCGCAGACACUGACGAAGAGUUCGAGAGGUCUGAUAAACAGCGCAUGCGGUCCACUGUGGAGAAUGUGGGGCGUGUGUCCUCCCAAACCCCGCAAACCUCCAGUCUCCACAUCAGAAAAGCACACGGCCAAAAAAACACUCCAUCCUGACCCUUGAACCUUGUCAAUGUAUAAACACUGACUGACACUCUCAAAAUUUGAGGUGGAUACCUCAAUUCACAUUCCAAGUUCUUCCUGACGUCGGGGAGUGAAACUCCACCCACUUGUAUUUGCAAUGGCUUUGUCCGUGCGUUCGUGCAAAGAAGUCUAUAGACGUCUGACUUUAACAACACUGUUUAAGACCAACAUGCUGAGCAAACAUGGUGUGGGGUUGUAACUCAAGACUUUCCCAGUGUAUUAUGUGCGAAGUCGCUGACUGUGAGCUCUGCUGGAAAACAUUUGGAUUGCAGUCUCAACUUGACAUAGUCUUGAAUUACCGGUGCAGUUAAUCAAUGGAGGAGGAUUUUACAUUUCCACCAUCAAAAAAAAUGAGAGUGAGAACAAUCAAAUAAGAAUGAAAUAUUGUCUGACUCUUAAGAGAGUUCUCUAUUUAUGAGCUCCAAUGACUGAUGUUGCUUUUGUUUAGUUUAAUCAUCUCAGCGACAUCCUGACAAGUCGAUCUGUUCUAUAGCUUGUUUGUUUCACACAGAUGCUUUCCUUGACAAGACCGUCUUAUGUGCACUAUGGACAACUGGCAGAGAUUGAAUCUAACCAGCAUCAUUUAUUUCACCAAAUGUGCCUGAUGAAUAACUACUCUUACCUCUAGCAGCAUGUGAGCAAACAAAUACAACUCGUAUAAGCAAGCCUAUCAAUGCAAGACUCUUAUAAUCACGUUUUUUGUUGUUAUGUUACCCAUAGUGCCUUUUAUCUAUGAUUACAUCAAUACUAGCCAGAUGAGAGAAUGGGUUUAUAUUAACAAUCUAAUCUUUAUGCCAGUAUUGAUCAACCUGCGAGUGAGUUAAGCACUUGAUGUCAUGUGAUUUUUAUUAUAUUGCCUUAAAUUGACUAACAUUGACUGAUUUAUUCAUUUUCUAUUAUUUUGGAGCAAUCAUCAUUUAUGGCCAAUAGCUAUACAUAAAUGUGAAAAAAAAACAUAUGCUAAGAAAGCUAGCAAUUGUUGUGACAGUCAGUUUUUUUAAGUUGACAGUCGGGUCAGUUCCAAAGCAAAAAUCUGGACGAGACGGACGUUAACAAAUAAGAAUAUGCUAUUGUUUUUCACUGACAGGAGAGCCUGGUGUCAUUUGCAAUCUUAUUAAAAUGCUAAUGUCUAUUAAA